GGACAAUGACAAGCUAUUAGAAGAAUGAAGAUAAUUUACGAUAAAAAUGAAGUUAUAAUGGAUGGCAGCCGUACCUAAUUAAUUGCAUUUAAUAUUUACGCAUGUUUAUGAUUAAAAAAUGUAUGGAAUCCGAUUUUUUCCAAAAAUUUUGUGCUAUCAACGAUCUUUUACUUUCUUUAAUUAUGCAAGACACCUACAUAAUGUAAGCGACAGGAUUUUAAAUAAAAGAACAUAUAGCUCAGUAGCAGUAGAGGAUAGUUAUGUAAAAAAAUUCAUGAAUGCUGUGGGUUGGAUGGAUCAGUCUAGGACGCGACUUAAACUGACGGGAUAUUUUCUCUAUGAAUCUGUACCAGAAAAAGUGGCAUACGAUGAAUGGUUUGAGAAGUUACAACUACCAGACACUUUCGCAUCAUGGUUUACAGUCACAGAACUCCAUGUAUGGUUACUUUUAGUAAGGUAUAUGGCUGAAGAUGUUACGUCCAUUAGCACAGACAAGAAAAAGUAUAUCAAAGGGGAUGGACAUUUUGUGAGAAAUUGUAUAAUUGAAGCUUUAUGGGCAGAUGUUGCUAAUAGGAUUAAACUUCUAGAGGGUGCAAAUCCGGUGAUAGCCAGAAAACAAGUAUCAGAGCUAUCAGAGCAGUUUCAAGCAGCAUUGGUUGCAUAUGAUGAAGGUCUGAGUGAAGACAGAAUUAUGGCUUCAGCGGUCUGGAGGAGAUUCUACGCAUUGUCGGACGAAGUUAAAGCCGAAAAUAUUGAAAGCGUUGUACAUUUUAUUCGGCAUCAGGUAUCAGAACUUGACAAGAUAUCGAGUAAAGAUUUAAAAUGGAAACCUAAUUUUACCUGGUUAAGUAUCAAUGAUCACUAACUUAAAAACGAGUGUAAAUACAACAUGUAAAAUAAAUAACACUAUACAAUGAUUGAUUAUUGUUAUUUAUUGUUUUUUAGUAGUAAAAAUAGUAAUGAUUAUGCUUUGUGUUUUGAAUAAAACUCUUUCCGAAGCUC